AUGCCUGAAAAAAUUAAAUCAUCAUGGGCCGAUGAGGUAGAAGAAAAUGAGCAUGGAGGAGGAAGAUUACCUUUACCAUCUCCGACAGAGGUUGUAAAUGGCGAUACUAAAAUUGUUACUGAAUAUAAAUAUAAUGACGAAGAUAAGAAAGUAAAAGUUGUUAGAACUUACAAAAUUGAAAAAAGAAUCGUUUCAAAAACAAUAGCUGCCAGGAAAACUUGGCCAAAAUUUGGUGCAUCAGCAGAUGACAAGCCUGGACCAAAUCCUGCUACAACUGUUGUAUCAGAAGAUAUUUUUAUGCAGUUUGUUUCUAACAAAGAAGAGCAAGAUAAACUUGAAGAAGACUCUUUGGAUAAAUUAAAAAGCCUGGGUGAAAAGGGUGUUGUAAAGUGCAGAACCUGCAGCGGAGAACACUGGACUACAAAAUGUCCUUUUAAAGACACAGGUUAUAUACCAGGAAAUAAGCAAGAUAUGGUUACCUCCAUAAUGGGAAAUCAAAUGGAUGAUAAGAAACCUUCAGGUUCAAAAUAUGUGCCUCCAAGUUUACGUGAAGGUGGAAACAAGAGAGGUGAUUCAAUGCAAACUCAGCAUAAAGAUAUAAAUUUUGCUAUUAGAAUAUCUAAUUUAUCUGAAAGCACCCAAGAAUCUGACUUAGAAGAUUUGAUUAAAUAUUUUGGUCCAGUUCAAAAAAUCUUUUUGGCCAAAGACAAGCAAACACAGUUAUGUAAAGGAUUUGCAUAUAUUCAUUUUAAAAACAAGGAAGAUGCUGCCAGUGCUAUAAAAGGAUUGAACGGACAUGGUUAUGAUCAUCUUAUAUUAAAUGUUGACUGGUCAACAUCCAAACCUACUAAUUCCCAAGACAAGUAA